CUGAAUAGCUAAGAGUUUCAGUAGUUCCCUGCAAGGUGUAUGGUUUGUGACACUCCUUACAGAACAAAAGUUGCCGAACAAAUUACAUUGUAAACUUGGAGUGUUGCGUAGCAUGCGUGCCUUCCUCAGAGAACUGUUUAUGAUUUUCUGAUAACCAGUCUGUUGAGAUGGUAUAAAGAUGGCAGCCAAAAGAGCAAAGUCAAUCCGCCGCACUGGAAGUCUUGCACGUACCAGAUCAGAAGGCACGCUGAUUGAUCUGGGUGAUGAUGGACCUCUCAGCAACAACUUAAGUGGCAGUUAUAUUGUAGGUGAGGGGAGGAAACAUUCUGAUUGGCCAGUCUUACAGCCUGAGAUCCGGCAUUCAACACAAACCACCAAUCCAUUCUGGAACGGGCUGUCUGACUCAAACCCAUUUCUGGAUGACAUUGUAAACAUAGAGGCAGCAAGCAAUAGAUCAAAUGUAAAUGUCUCGAUAUUGAAAGAGGAUCCCAUGGCUAUAUUUGGCAAUAACAAUGCUGAUGCUGCAAGCACAUCCUCAGAUGAAGCAAGUUUUGGGCACCUUUUGAAUUCCAAACGGAAGAGCAUGAGGAGAUCUGGGAGAUGGAAGAGCACCUCAGAUAUUCUGGAUAUACGUGAAGAUAGAGAGCCUCAGAAGGAGAACAGCUUCAGCUCCUCGACUCAGUUUUUGAAUCCUGAUUUUGAAUGGCUGAAGAAUGACAGAGAGGCCUACAAGAUGGCAUGGCUGAGUCAUAGGCAGCUAACAAGGUCAUGCCUGGACCUGGGACUGAUGAGUCAAAGCCCAGGCUGGGCACAGACUCAGGCUACUGAGACCCAGAUCACCUGCAAGAUCGGUCACAGUGGAGGGUCUGUGCAGUUACCUGACUCCAGCAUUAGUGCCCAUGUCCCAGAAGGCCAUGUUCUCCCUGGAGAAGUCCAGGAAAUUGCCAUGAAAGCAAUCCUUGACUCACCACACGGACUCAAUACUGACCUCUUGACAACUGUGAGUCCACUCUUGGAAGUGAGCCUCAGCAACCUCAACACAAAGGAAUGUAUUUUGCUAGAGAUGAAAAUUGCUGGGGAGAUCAAGAAAGACCCUUUAAGCCAGGUCAUGACUACUUUCGAGUGCCUGGUCUCCCAUAAGAAAGAGGGACCAUUUCAAAAGCUAAAGAAUUGUUACGUUUAUAAGGACAUUUUACAAGUCAAGCUAGAGAAUUUGAAGCCACGUUUAUACAUUAUUGCCGCAGCACAGGCUACGCUUCUCCAGGCACCUGCAACCUCAGUGUGGGACUACAUGGACCGUCUUAUCACCAUUGGGGUUUAUGGGCCAAAGCAUAUCCACCCAUCUUUCAAAACCAUCUGUGUUGUUUCUUGUCACAGUGAAAUUCCAAUCAAACUUCCAUUCUAUGAUCUCAAAAGGGGUAAUAAGAACCUACCACCACUUGUGCUGCAGCUCUGGGGAAAACAUCAGUUCAACCCCGGCGGCCUAAAAGAUCUGCAAAUUGUUGCUGCUCCGGUCGACUCAAAAUUUGAGAUCAAAGCUGUUGAUCAAAUGAAAGCGGUGAAGAAAGAGCAUCUCAAAUCAGGUCAAGUUGUCCGUCUGCCGUUUGCACUGUCCAAGACCAGCAGUGGGGAGAUGGCCCCCUUUAAUCUGGGGGUUCAUGUGAGGGACUCAGACGGGUGUCCUUUGACUCAUUUCCAAGUACUGUCCCCAGAGGCUGCCCCAAGAAGGUCUGAAAACCUUGGUCAAAAACGACUGGAAAAGCGGAAGGAGGUUAUAAGGUCUGUACCUAUCCCAGAGGAACCAGUAUUGCAGCUCCCUAAAUUCCAGGACAUGCCUGUGAGUGUACAGUGGUAUGGGGUUGCACUCAAAGCGGUUCUCCGUCAGCCAAGGGUUGAGUACCUACUGGAGUACUUCAAAGGAGACACCGUGGCCCUCCUGUCUCGAGAGACAGUGAGGUCACUGGGACAGUCAAAAGUGAAGGAAUGGUACAUCGGCUUCCUCAGAGGGAGGGUAGGCCUGGUCCAUUGCAAGAAUGUUAAGGUUAUCACCAAAGAUCAGGUGAUUGACUUCUCCGGAGUGAAGGUUACCACACAAGUGCUGCUGGACAAUAUGACUCUGCCAUUCAAGAAGCUGACAUACAUGUACUCAGCCAUCCAGACCCUGGUCACUGAACACAUAUCCAGCUGGAGGGGCUUUGCAGAGGCACUUGGCUACUCCAGCCUGUCGCUGGAUGAGAUCAUCCGGAGGCAUGCAGAGACAGAAGAAGAGAAAGUGGCCUGCGUGCUGGAGAAACUCAAAGAAGACUGUCACACAGAGAAGAGCCGGAAGAAGUUCCAGCAUGAGCUUGUCAUUGGACUCUUGAAGAUGGACUGUCAGGGCCUGGUGGCUCGUCUCACUCAGAACACAGUGAUUCUGUCAGCAGCGGUGGAGCUGGGAGCGCGGUGGAGGGAGCUUGCUGAGCGGCUGGGGAAGCUCUCCAGCGCUCAGAUCACUGGCUACGAAGCUCCACACCGGGGAAAAAGUGGAGAAGUCAGCCCCCAGUCGAUGUGGAAGCCUGCGUAUGACUUCCUGUACACAUGGAGCUUGCAGUACGGAGACGGCUACCAGGACAUGAUCCAGGACCUGCACCUCGCCCUGGACAAGAUGAAGGCCCCCGUGACCAGGCAAUGGAGGCAAAUCACAGGAAACCUACUGACCACGGUGAGUUUUAGCGGGAAAGGAAGGGGGAAACCAGAGCAUGCUGUGGGAAAUCUUUGCUGUCUUGAGGCUGUGCCUCACAUGCACAGCAGAGAUGAAAAGCUUUAAUCAUUGACAAAAUGUCAAAAAGUCAGCCAUUCUCACAUUUGGGUACAUCUGUGACCAUACGUGUCCCUCGUGAGUGUUGAAAUCACUGUUUGGUAUUAUCAAAAACACAAAGAAAUAUGUUACGUUGUUGGUGCUUUGUGUAAAUGUUUUCAUAUGUAUUGCAUUUUUUCUAGAUCUUUGUAAUGUGUGCUAAAAUGACACUAUAACAGCUUUGUGUUCAUGUGACUUUGUAGUCCAUAUAAGGAAUCAGUUAUAAAUGAAAAUGAGAGUCUGCACCAGCAAUUUCAUAAUGAUAACAAACUUUUAAAUAUGUAAAUUCUUUUUAAAAUGGGAAGAUCCUGAAGGUAGCCUUUUGAUAUGGUAAUUAUAUGUAUGUGUUAUGAAGUGUUUCUUGCAAUCUUUCAUGUUUGUUACUGUUUGUUACUGUUUUCCAUUCAUUUUAAACUGAUGAAUAUGUCCUCAGUUACAUUUAAAAUGUGCUGGCAUUGUUACAGACUUUUGACCCUAACCACUGCCUUUUGCUAUGAAUAACAUGAGAAUAGCAUAGGGAAUAGCUGUGAAGAAAGCUUUGGGAGAGCUGUUUGUCGUGCUUGUUCAGAGGAAAUAGAUGCAUGGAAAUCAAAUCUCAUGGAAAUGCAGCUGAUCACUGUGCUGCCUUAAGCUGUGUUUCCAAACCAAAACACUAAAGGCUGCUAAAAAUGAACUUCUGUAGGGACAGCAGAUGUCUGUGCAUGCACAAGGCCAUGCCUAACUCAAAAUGGAAAAAAAAAAAAUCUUUUUGUAGAA